AUGCAUCGACGAGCGUCGUCGAAAAUGGGAGGAGAAAAUCUGCGAUUGGACAUUCCGACCCCGAAUGCGUACGGUGCGCCCGAGUCGCCCCAGAGCCAGACGGCACCGCUCUUCUCGUCUGGCACGAGCACUCCGGUCUUGGCUGGCUAUGCGAGCAGUCGAUCUAGCACACAGACCUUUUCUGCACAGCAUAUGAAGGUUCCGAUUGUUGGCAUGACCGGUGCUAUGCCUGCCCAGUCGGAGAUAUCGUUCUCGUCCAAGUAUUCGCUGUCGCCUGACCCAGCACGAUGGGACUCGCAUAUGCUGAACGAGCCAGACGACGAGCUGCACAGACCGGAUCCACGACGAGAUCGCAAACUGGACUCUGCCGGAACACUCUUUACCGCCAGGGGAAUCGUCAAUCUCGGAUGUUUGAUCAUUCUGCUCUGGGCUGAUUUCUCUCUUGUAAGCCCCUGUUGUUUCCUCUCAUCGCAGUUCACCUAUACGAAUAAAUCCAGUGCGGUAUAUCCAAUGGUGUCGUAUCUCGUCAAACGGCCCUCGACCACGCUUGGCGGGUAUAAUCUCGGAGGUGUCAAUGCCUCGGGCCAGGUGCCCGAGAUGGGCAACUUUGGCCUUAUCGACAACGACACGCCCGAGAGCGCGUACUAUCAUACGAGUUUGAACGACGGAAGCGAAUGGGAAUUGGUCUUUAGCGACGAGUUCAAUGCCGAUGGACGCAGCUUCUAUCCCGGUGACGAUCCGUACUGGGAGGCCGUCGACUUGCACUACUGGGGAACAAACAACCUCGAGUGGUAUUCUCCCGACAUGAUCACCACCAACGACGGUAAACUGAACAUCACCCUGGCCCGACAGAAGUGGCGCGGCAUGGACUACAAGGGCGGUAUGAUCACCAGUUGGAACAAGUUUUGCUUCACCGGCGGGUACUUUGUUGCCAACGUUUCUCUCCCGGGUACGUCCAAAGUGUACGGUCUCUGGCCCGCCAUGUGGGCCCUCGGAAACCUCGGACGCGCAGGGUACGGCGCGAGUCUAGACGGGACGUGGCCAUACAGCUAUGACACAUGUGACGUUGGAACGCUGCCGAACCAGACUCGUCCGGACGGAACGCCCAUCAACGCUACUAUCAACGGAGACAAGUACAACGGCGAUGUGCUUUCGUAUCUUCCUGGCCAGAGGUUGAGCGCGUGUACUUGCGAGGGCGAAUCCCAUCCCGGCCCCAAGCGCAAAUCAUCCGAAACAGACGGAAAAGGCCAGUCUGGCGGAUAUGUCGGUCGCGCCGCACCCGAAAUCGAUGUUCUCGAGGCUACUGUCGAUGCGGGAACGUUGAUUGGGCAUGUGUCCCAGAGUGGACAGUGGGCGCCGUUUAAUUAUGCCUACGAGUGGUGGAACUCUACGGACAACUAUAAACUCUUCAGCAACCACUCUGACUCAACUCGCGGCGGAUGCUACUCCGUCUACGGCUUCGAGUACAUCCCAGGCUACAACGGGUAUAUUCUCUGGACAAACGAUAACGAGCCGGCGUGGAUGAUCAAGAGCGCCGGGUUGGCCGAGGAUCCGCGUGUGGAGAUUGGACCGAGGCCCGUUCCUGUUGAGCCCAUGUUCCCGACGUGGAUGCUGGUCGAUUGGGUACGAGUCUACCAGCCCAAGGGGUCUCGCAAUGUCGGAUGCGAUCCGGAAGGGUUCCCCACUGCCGAGUAUAUCAAUACGUAUAUCGAGGCGUAUACCAACCCCAAUUUGACGACGUGGAUAGACGACUAUGGUCAGGUUAAGCCCAAGAACCGGCGUAAAAAAUGCGACGAGAUGUGGCCUGUUUGUUCGAGGUGCGAUCGUACGGGGUCGGCAUGUAUUUGGCCACCACCUCGAUCUGCCUUUGGUUCGUUGGGGGAUAUAAAUAGCCAUGCGUUUCCUGGUGUUUCGCUGGAAGCUGAAAUCGACAUGGCUGUCUCUGAAUUGAUGGCGAGUUCUAUACCUACAUCGACUGGCGACUUGAAUACGAAUGGAUCAAUACCUUUGGGUGACGGCUCUACUUGGGACUACGCAACUGUCAACGUCAACUCUGGUUCAAACCAUUUUGUGGACUUGGCCCGUCUUCAUCUUGGCCACGGAUGGAUCUAUCUAGUGUGCCGAACAGGUUCUGCACUGCGCCUGGCUCGCGGAUCACCAAGGCCCAAGCGAUACGAAUGUGGGAAUAUGCUCAUGAUUUCGGCCCCGGAUUAUAUGGCCGCCCAAAGGUUGUGCAAACUCCGACGACUGGAUCCCGAAGGGGUGGCACCUGUCUUUCGUCAAUCGAUGAUGGCCAUGACUCGAAAAACACCCAUUGACCGGCUGUUUUACGACUAUACUAUACCUUCAGAUAAAAUUGUGAAAUGGUUGUUUCGCAAGUUCAAUGCGUCAAGUUCGGCGAAAUAUGGAAUGUUAUGUAUGGCAGGGCUGUUCCGGGCCGACUAUGAAAGAUCGAUGCUGGCUUCUUCUUGGCGAGAUAGCCUACAAGAAGUCUACUCCCUCGCAAUUGAACAUCUUUCGCGUGACUUGGAAAACGAUAGGCUCUCGGCCUGGGAAAAAUUGACAGGAUUGGUGUCGAUUAUGGAUUACGAAUUCCAUACAGGGCAGAUAUCUAAAUACUUUUCUCAUGGCAACAAAGCCGUGCCUCUAAUCAAAGCUGUAAUCGGAGGCGACACAAUAGACUUGUUGAAUCUUCGAGGAGAACAGAUGUUCGACGUAAAUAUGUGGGCAUGGUGCGAUAUUCUAGACAGCAUGGCGACUUGUAGCCCUACUCGCCUCAAGUACGAAUCGGACCUUGGACGCGCCUCCCAGCGGGGCACAGAGGAAAACGCCGCUUGUCAGGACAAAGGAAUCGAGUGGUUGAAUGGGAUUCCCAACAUAUUGGCCGUCCUCCUGGCUCGUAUAUCUGCGUUGCGGCACAACUCGAAUCUGUCGGAGCAGGAAAGGGUAUCAAAGGGCGCUGAAAUUGAACAACUUGUACGGAAUUGGGAUAUCAGGCCUUUGCAGACAAAAGAUUCUCGCCUGCGAAUAGCACGAAUAGCAGCCCAAGAGAUUUGGCGCCACACUACUAUUCUAUAUGUCCAUCAUGCCAUAUUCAAGUCCGGCCCUGGGCACCCUAUCGUUAGAGAUUCUGUCAAGAAUAUAAUCAAAAUCUCUUCUACGCUUGAACCUGGUAGCAACCCGGACUCCUUUCUCUAUCUCCCUUAUUUUAUCAGCGCAUUCUACGCAACUUCACAGAAAGACAGAUAUAAUAUGCGAUCUCGACUAGUCAACUGUGGGAAUGCUCUCUAUUUACGAAACUUGGCUCGCUGUCUAGACGAGCUAUGGAAGGAAACAGAGUGUCCUGGUCGUCUGACUUGCUGGUCGGACAAAAGGCUACCAAGGAUUACGUUCUGA